AUGCUUCGACGAUCUGCCGCACCUUUGGCUCGCAACUUCCCCGUGUGGAGACCGGCACUCUUUAACAUUCGAAGCGAAUCAACCACCUCAGCUCCCAGCAGCCCAUCGACUGGAUCGUCUGAAAAGCCCCGCAAAGCUCCUUUAUCUGCUCGUCUCGGUGGUUCCGGUCGUGGUCGUCCGCUUUCCGAAAACGCUGACCCUUUUUCCGCAUUCUUGGCCAAUGCACAGAAGGACAACAAACGCCCUCGUAACAAUAACAACAAGAACAAUAACAACCGUCGCAGACAAACUCCCAAAGCCGCACAACCUGGACAAUUUGACGAUGCGGUGGCAGAGAAUGCAGGAGAAAAACGUGUUGCUUCAUCAACAAAGUUCAAUGCUAAAAAGGCCGGAUCGUCUCCACGACGAGAUAACCAGAAACGGGAUCGUCGCCAUCAAGGCAUGGAUAGAAAUCGAGCUGCAAAACCGGCGGCUUCCCCUGCACGCCGAGUCGUGACCUUCAUUGACAAAGACAUUGACUGGGAAACCCUGAGUAGCAAACAGGAACAAACUCAAGUGAUGGCUGCCGAAGGAUCGACGGAAGAAAAUACCGCACAGUUACAGUCAGAAAUGGACGGUGAUUACCAACGCUACAUCACCCCAACGCAAGGCAUGUCCUUAUCCGAGAUGGUCAACCAACAAUCCUUAAACACUCUGGUUGGACAGAACGCCAGCUUAAACUUGGAUCAAAAGGCAGCACUUUUGAACGUAGUAGCCAAUGCCACCAAGGUUCAGGCUUCAGCUCGAAAAUAG